UUCGUCCAUGAACUUUGACAAAAUCAGCGGGAAAGCGUAUUUACGUCUGCUGUUGAUAAAUAGAACUUUACGUUGUAAUUGUUUUAAAUGGAAAAUUGCAUUUCUCACUUAAAUUAUGCCUAAAGAACACACAUUAAAAGCGUAUGAAUUUACUGAAAGUUGUCAUUAAAACGGCAUCGAUGUGUUCUUGGACUUUGAAAUAUUGAUAAGCCAUAAGUUUCGGUCAGAUCAUUAACAUGUGUAUUAUUACCAUGAAUUUUAUGAGUAAAUGUGGUAAAAGUUUUAAAUUUUUUGAAAGAAAUUCAGCACGCUUUCGCCUGUAUUGUACAAAGUCAUCUGAUAAAGAUGGACCACCAGUCCAAAAGUUCGAACAUCCAUUGAGUAGGACAUUAAGGAUAUUAAAAGCAGACUUAAAAACUAUAAAAAAUUAUAUUCCCUUUAUACAUAAACAGCACUACGAAAAUAAGUUCUUUAGUGAUCACUGUGAUAUUGUUGUCAUCGGUGGUGGCGUCAUUGGUUCCUCAAUAGCAUACUGGCUACAGACUAGGGUGCGGGAUGGUGUCAGAGUUAUUGUCAUUGAGAAAGAUCCUUCGUAUGUCAAGGCCUCUACACCACUUUCCUGUGGCGGUAUAAGGCAACAGUUCAGCUUGCCUGAGAACAUUCAGAUGUCAAUGUUUGGUGCAGAAUUUCUUCGAAACAUAAAGAGAUAUCUUCAUGUAGAGGGAGAUAACCCACCUGAUGUGUGCUUUACACCUUACGGGUACCUUUCCUUAGCAACUGACAGAUCUGCCCAACAACUGGAGGAAAACGUACACCUGCAACAUCAGCUGGGUGUUAAAAAUGAAUUACUAUCACCAACAAUGCUGAAGAAAAAAUUUCCAUGGUUGGACACAACUGGAAUUGCACUGGGUUGCCACGGUCUCGAAAAUGAAGGGUGGUUUGACCCAUGGUCUUUACUAAUGGCAUUCAAGAAAAAAGCAAUUUCAGCAGGGGCAGAAUAUGUAACAGCAGAGGCUAUUGGAUUUGAAUUUAGAAAAAUGCCAGACAUGUUGAUAGAAGGUGUUGAGCCUGGAACCUAUGAAACAAUAGACAGAGUUUUGGUAAAAACUGAAAAUGGUGAAGUUAGACCUAUUAAGUUUGGGAUUGCAGUGAUAGCUGCUGGUGCAAAUUCAAAAAAAGUUGCAGAAAUGGCGAGAAUAGGUAUAGGUUCUGGGUACCUUAGAGUUCCUUUGCCUAUUGAACCACGAAAAAGAUAUGUGUAUUGUGUUCACUGUCCAGAGGGUCCUGGACUAAAUACACCUUUUGUCAUUGAUCCUACUGGUACAUAUUUCAGACGUGAGGGGUUUGGUGGAAAUUUCAUCUGUGGCAAAUCACCAACAGAAGAGGAAGGAGAACCAAGCGUAGAACAUCUUGAGGUCGACUCUAGUUAUUUUGACAACAGUGUUUGGCCCCAUCUGGCAGCUAGAGUUCCAGCAUUUGAACAGUUAAAGGUGAAAAAUGCAUGGGCUGGGUAUUAUGACACCAAUGUAGUAGAUGAAAAUGGAAUUGUUGGACCUCAUCCAUAUUACCACAAUCUUUAUUUAGCAGCUGGAUUUAGUGGCCAUGGUAUACAGCAAGCACCUGCUAUUGGACGUGCUGUUAUGGAAAUGAUGUUUGAAGGUGGAUUCAAGACAAUAGAUUUGAGUCGUUUUGGAUUUGAUAGGCUAAUGUAUAAUGAGUUGCUAAGGGAAGUGAACAUCGUAUGAUUGCAAAUCAUUCCAUUACAUGGUAAUGAGAUCUGAAUAUUAAAUAGUAGUGUAAUUAUAAAACACUGUAUUUUCUCAUCUGAAUAUAAAAAUGAGUUUUUCAUUGUAAAAUACUGUAUCAUAAAAAUGAGCAAAUAUUCAAACACUUAAUAAAAGAGAAAAUUUAUUCAA